UCAUUUUUUAAUUUGAAAAUUAUUCUCGAAGCAUCGAGGGCUGAAUGAAAAUAACAAGUUAAUUUAAUAAUUCAAGUAGUUUUCCUUAUUAUGUUGUGCAAUAAGCUCAAGUUGGAUUAAUUAUCGAGCUGUUCAUGAGCUCGGCUUUGUUGCACAUAAGAGUUGAAAUUGAAAGUUCAAAGACAUGAUAAGGAUUUUCCUUCUCUGCUAUUAGGAAUAUAUCAAUUAUAUUCUAGCACACAGAGACAACAGCAACAGUAGAUUUCAGUGUUUGGAGGAGCAAACCUACUUUAUUUGUUUUUAAAUUUUAGUAGAGUUCACAACAAAGAGUAAAAGAUGGGUUUCUGGUCAUUCUUUGGGGUGGCUUCCAUGCCUAUUCUACAGGUGCUCAUAAUCAGCGCAUUAGGAGCUUCCAUGGCAACUAAUUAUCUCAAUCUUCUUCCCGAAGCUACAAGGAAGUCCCUGAACAAGAUUGUGUUCAUUGUGUUCAUUCCAUCCCUUAUGUUUGCAAGUCUGGCCGAGACUGUCACCUUUCCAGAUCUCAUUGCCUGGUGGUUUAUGCCUGUAAAUGUCGGUCUAACCUUUCUCUUUGGAGGAAUAUUAGGAUGGACAGCAGUGAAACUACUGAAGCCAAAAUCACAUCUGGAAGGACUGAUUAUUGCCACAUGUUCAUCAGGAAACUUGGGAAACCUUCUCUUGAUAAUUGUCCCUGCAAUCUGUAGCGAGGAUGGCAGCCCUUUUGGUGAUCACAAAAUUUGUACUUCUGUUGGACUCUCAUAUUCAUCUUUCUCCAUGGCACUUGGUGGUUUCUUCAUUUGGACUUACACUUACCAACUAGUACGAAGCUCAGCCUUGAAAUACAAAGCUCUUCAAGCAGCUGAGGAGGUCUCAAAGGUACCAAACAAGGAUUCAGAUGCGAAUGAGAAGACUCAUCUUCUGGAGGGAGAAGUUGAAGAACAUAUUGCUAUAGUUGCACCAUCAACAAUAUCUACAGAAGAGGAUACUGAAAAUCAAGAUAUUGUUCCCCAAGUGUCUGCCAGCAAACUGGAGAAGGUGAAUGUUUCAUUCUGGGGUAAUGCAAUGACAAUUCUCCAACAGUUACUGGAGGAGCUAUUAGCACCUCCUACACUUGGUGCUAUUCUUGGAUUCUUUUGUGGUGCGGUCCCAUGGGUGAAGAAUCUUUUAAUUGGUGAUAAUGCACCUCUUAGAGUGAUCCAGGACUCCAUCAAAUUACUUGGGAAUGGAACAAUACCUUGCAUCACCCUUAUACUAGGAGGCAACCUCACACAAGGCUUGAAAGCAGGAAACUUAAAACCAAUAGUGAUUGUUGCUGUAAUCUGUGUGCGUUAUGUGAUUCUUCCUGUGAUUGGGAUUGGUGUAGUUAAAGCUGCCGACAGUCUUGGCUUUCUUCCAUUGGAUCCGUUGUACCGCUACGUGCUAAUGAUUCAAUUUGCACUACCACCUGCCAUGAAUAUUGGUACCAUGACCCAACUGUUUGAUGUGGCACAAGAGGAGUGUUCAGUGCUCUUACUGUGGACUUACCUGGUCGCUUGCCUAUCGCUCACUGUAUGGUCCACAAUCUUCAUGUGGAUCUUGUCCUGAAGCCCCAGUUGGCUCUAAACUAUCACAUUGAGUUGGGCUACAUUUCUGCCAUUGUGGUUUGUCAUUUGUUUCCAUUUUAUGUGUAUAUGAUUGUGUUGUUCAAUAUGUGAAUUGUCAGUCAAAGGCUCUCAUUGGGGCAGAGGCUUGGCAAGGGCUUUGUAUGUUGUACCUACAGAUUGAUCUAAAAAAAAGAAAAUUAUUUGUGGUUUAGCUGCUACUAAUCUGCCAUUUCUAGUUUAAAGAAUGGAAAAUAUCACAUAAAUUAGAAAUGAGACAAAUAAUUGCAAAUUA